AAUCAAGAAAAUAAAUUGUACAGUGAAUCUACAUAUAAGCUCCAGUGACUGUUCACAUGGUCAAAUCUAUUUGACCUCUGUGAUGUUCUGUUCCUAUAAGAGCUUGAAGUCUUUUGUCUGGGGCAUUAGGGUGUUAGUGGAUUAUUGAAAGAUGUUGACUCAGGUGUGUGUGGGGAUCCUCCUGGUACAGACCUUGUGACUAGUUCAGACCGUAGUGUCUACAGGGAUCUGCAACUUCUCCAAAGUCUACACACUAGUUUUAAGGGGUUCAUCUACUUUCUUUGCCAGAUGUCCAUUGGUCAUAAAUCAUGGAUAUUGGUGGCCUAACAACUGUGGUGGCAAAUUCAGCUUACAUUAAUGCUCGAGGAAGUAUUGAUGGGUCUAAUGCAGCAGCAGCGCGGGAUAAGAAGUACCAUGGCCGCCUCAAACUACCCCACAUCACAGUGUGUGAAGACCUUAGAGACACCCUGGAUUUGGCUUUUGAUUCUGUGUGUGUAGAACAGCCCAUUGGAAAGCGGCUGUUUAGAGAAUUUCUUGAUUCCAAACAGGAAUAUCAUGGAGCUUGUCGGUUUUGGAAAGAUCUUGAGGACUAUGAUAUGGCAGAAGACUCUGAAAGAGUCAAAAAAGCCUCAAAGAUAGUCCAACGGUACAUGGAUUCUUCUGCCAAGCAUUACUGCCCAUUUCUUUCUGAGGAGAUCAUAGCCAAAGUGAAAGAAUCUCAAGAGACUGCAGGUGAUGAUCUGUUUGCUGCUGCACUGGCUUCAACACUGGACUAUCUGCGGGAGGCUCCCUAUACCUUCUUUUUAGAGAGUAUGUACUUGAAGCGCUUUCUGCAGUGGAAGUGGCUUGAAAUGCAGCCCAUGGAUGCAGACUGGUUCCUAGAUUUCAGAGUGCUGGGCAAAGGAGGGUUUGGGGAGGUAUCAGCAUGUCAAAUGAAAGCUACAGGGAAACUGUAUGCCUGUAAAAAAUUGAACAAGAAGAGACUGAAGAAGAGGAAAGGAUAUGAGGGGGCGAUGGUGGAGAAGCGCAUUCUUGAGAGGGUUCACAGUCGCUUUAUUGUGUCACUGGCAUAUGCCUUUCAGACUAAAGAGGAACUUUGUCUGGUGAUGACGAUCAUGAAUGGUGGAGAUCUAAAGUACCAUAUCUACCUGGUGGAUGAGAACAACCCAGGGUUUGAUGAACCUAGAGCCUGUUUUUACACUGCUCAGAUAAUCCAGGGUUUAGAGCAUUUACACCAGAAACAAAUCAUAUACAGAGAUCUCAAACCCGAAAAUGUGCUCUUAGACAAUGAUGGAAAUGUGCGUAUAUCUGAUUUAGGUCUAGCAGUAGAACUGAAAGAGGGGAAGACCUUGACAAAGGGUUAUGCUGGCACACCAGGGUAUAUGCCUCCAGAAAUGCUGAAAGGAGAGAAGUAUGACAACUCUUGUGACUACUUUUCUCUGGGUGUAACUCUGUACGAGUUUAUUGCUGCUAAAAACCCAUUUAGAAACAGGGGUGAGAAGGUUGAAAAAGAGGAGAUGAAGGAGCGUAUGCUAACAUUGGAAGUUACCUACUGUGACAUAUUCAGUGAUGAUGCUAAAGCUCUCUGUGAUGGUUUGUUGGCAAAAGAAGCUAGUAAGAGAAUGGGCUUCAAAAAUGGAAACUGUGAUGAACUCCGGGCACAUCCAUUUUUUAAAAAUAUUAAUUGGAGGAAGCUGAAUGCAGGUAUCCUGCCUCCUCCUUUUGUACCGGACCCCAGAGUGGUGUAUGCCAAAAGUCUGGAUGACGUCGGGGCCUUUUCCUCUGUGAAAGGAGUUGCUCUGGAAGACCUUGACAAGACCUUUUUUGAUGAAUUUUCAACAGGCAACAUAUCAAUUCCAUGGCAGGAAGAGAUGAUUGAAAUGGGUAUUUACGGAGAGCUGAAUGUUUGGGGUCCAGAUGGAACAGUCCCUAAUGACCUCCGCAGAGAGUCCAUUUUAGAGCAGCCAAAGUCCUCCACAUGCUGUGUGUCCUAAACUAAUUUUGACACACAAAAAGUUACACAAUAUAAAGAUACUGAGUCAUGGGUCCCUGUGACUUAUUUUAUAAGCCUUCUUUAUUAUUUAGUGUUAAAGGUGCAUUAAGUAACACCUCUGGUGACAAGAACACCACCUGCCUGUCUCCAUUGCAUUGAGUUAUUGCUUUGCCUGGAAUGUUCCACAAUUUAGCAUUUAACUCUUUUUCAAGCAGAUGAGAAUGUAUUUUUUUCUAGCAGUAAAAACUCCUGUAAUUGAAUAAGUGAAAGAUGGAUAGGUUUAAUGCUGUUGGACAUUCCAUGCAAAGCAGCUCUUUGGAAAUAAAUAACUAGGUGAUGAAGCCCCUUUCAGAAAAGUUACAUUGUGCACCUUUAAGCUUUGUUCUUCAAUUCAUUUUUUAAACAUUUUGUUGUUGGUUUACUGCAGUCUUUAAUUUGUUUGGAAACUCGUCCUCUUAUACAUACUCAAAACCUUUCCCAGCAUUACCUUUCAAUGUACUUGUCAAUACAGUUUAUAGAAAACACAUUAUUCAUUUUAUUUGUUGAGGAUAAACAAAAGUUAGAGAAAGAUGUACAAAGUACACUAUCAUACCAUAUUAUCAAACACUUUUGGAAUGUCAGAAUAAUAAAGAAUAAUACAAAUUG